AGCACGGGAGGAAGCAACACCUUACACGGGCGACCGUCACAGUACAACCAAACAACCAACUUAUUUACCUUACCGAUGGGCAUGGAGGCGUGGUUAUUAACGGUGGUGGGCGUGCUGGGGUCGUGGUUGUUAAUAGUGAUGGGCGUGGAGGUGUGGAUUCUAUUGAUGGUGGGCGUGAUGGGAUCGUGGGCAUACACCAGGAGGCGGCAUAACUAUUGGUCUGCCCGAGGAGUGUCCACCCCACCUUACCUUCCUUUCCUGGGCCACUUGCACAAGCUAUUCUCUCCCACACAGUCGAAACAGCUAUACUUCUGGGAGAUCUAUCACAAGUACGGUGGAGCCAGAUUCUGUGGACUGUAUGAAUUACAUAAUCCUCUCCUGUUGAUCGGCGAUCCACAUCUCAUAAAACACAUCUGUGUUAAGGAUUUUGACCAUUUCGUUAACCGUCGCGGUAUUGGAACCUUUAACAACAAUAAUGUUGUAAACCUCAUGCUAUUUAAUAAAAUGGGUGGUGAGUGGAAAGCACUACGAUCCGUGAUGUCUCCGACUUUCACCUCUGGCAAAAUGCACGUGAUGUUUCCUCUCAUUUGUGAGAAGGCUGAUGCUCUCGUCUCCUUCUCUCUCAAACAGUCUGCUGAGAAAUACUACACUGACAUGAAAUACAACUUUGCAUGUUUUACUAUAGAGACUAUAGCUUCCUGUGCUUUUGGUGUUGACUGUGAUUCUAAAGACGAUGAAAUUAGAAAUUUCGCUAAACAAGCAGAUAAACUCUUUUACUUUUCAUUUACUUCCAUCAUGAAAAUUGCUCUUAGGAGAAUUUUUCCAAAGCUAAGUAGUGCUCUAGGACUUACAAGAGAACGUCCUGAGUUUCUGUUCUUCAAGAAUGUGGCGAAGAAGGCCAUACAGCUGAGACAAGAAGGUCAGCGACGCGGAGAUUUCCUAGACCUAUUACUGGAGGCCAGUGCUACUGACGAACCUUCUAUUACCCAUAAAAAAAACCUCACCAUCCAAAACAACGACCACACCGCCCAGAACAACGACCACACCACCCAGAACAACGAUCACACCACCCAAAACAACGACCACACUACCCAGAACAACAACCAGCACAUCAACGACCAAACCCAAGCUCCUUCAAAAGAUGUUCUGGACGAGAAGACCAUCAUUGCUCAGAGCGUGUUGUUCCUCCUGGCUGGCUACGACACCGUGUCCUCCACCCUGUCAUUCAUCACCUUCCUCCUAGCAAAGAAUCCAAUACACCAACAACGUGUCCGCCGGGAGGUGCAAGAGUUAGUUCAGCUUCAUGGUGAACUAACUUAUCAAGUCAUUUUGGACUCAAAGUUUUUGGAGGCUUGCAUAAUGGAGGCGCUCAGGUUGUAUCCACCAGCGCCGAAUAUUGAGCGCCGCUGUACCAAAACUUAUCGGUUGCCCGGGACGGAUUUGACUGUACGUGUUGGUGACAUGGUGGUAAUUCCGAUAUGGAGUCUGCACCAUGAUGCUCGCUACUGGCCCGACCCUGAGCUAUUCCUCCCAGAUCGUUUCCUUCCCGAGAACAAAUCCUCCAUCACCACUGCCACUUAUUUACCCUUCGGCUUAGGCCCCAGGAUUUGCAUAGCAAAUCGGUUCGCCAUGAUGGAGACGAAAAUCACCUUGGCCAAGUUGUUGUUGGCAGCGGAGCUCAGUCUACCUGAGGGUCAGGAACACAUGGAGUUGGCUACGUCUCUCAUCCUCAUGAGACCACGACACAGUGUUAACAUUAUACUCACCACGCUGACUCAUUCGCCUGACUCACCUCUCACCACUCUGACUCACUGAUUUACCCCUGACUCAGGCCCCUGACACACUUCCUCUUUAUCCUGAUUCACACCCCUGACACACUAACUCAACCUGUUGACUUACAUCCCAGACACAUAGACACACUGAUUCUUCCUCUAGACUCACACCACUGACACAUAAACACACUUAUUCAUCCUCUUGACGUACAUCCCAGACACAUAGACGCACUGACCCAUCCUCUUGACUCACACCACUGACACAUAGACACACCUCCCUGACUCAUCAUCUUGGCUCACACUCUGACACAUAGACACACCUCCCUGACACAUUAACUCAUCCUCUUGACUCACACCACUGACACA